ACAUAACCUUAAAAAAAACAUCGAAAUCAGGGAAAGAAUUUGGAGCAUUUUAUUUGUUAAUGGGUUAUUAAACAUAAUUAUUGAUUAGAGUUUAGAGUGAUUGUUCGGUAGACUUUUCUAGGCUUGAUAAAAGAAUUAUUAAUUGCUUUUGUCAAAAUGGCAUUAAAUUUGGCAGCGAUGAAUUUUUCGAGGGCAAUUCACACUUCAGCGGCUUCGAAUCAAAUAAUUAAACUCACACGUCUAAGAUGUGUGGACAAUAGCGAAAUCGGAAAAAAAGCCAUGAGGUCUGGCAAACCUCCACGAACAAUUCACAUUUAUAACAAAAAAGGAGUUGGUUUUAUUGGUGAUAAAGUUAUGGUCGCCGUAUGUGGUGAAAAGAAAAAGGGCAUUCUUGUGGGUCUGAAAGCGAAUCAAGACAAAAAAAUACCGAAAUUCGACAGCAACAAUGUUGUCCUUAUCGAUGACGGAGGUAAUCCCUUGGGAACCAGAAUUCACGUCCCGAUACCUCACGUUUUACGGACAAUUUUGAAAGAAAAAACCUUUUCUAAGGGAGCUGAUUACACCAAACUUCUCGCUAUUGCGACAAAAUUCGUCUGACGUGUAAAACUUCAUAAUUUUUAUUUUAAACUCUAGAAUUUGUACAAAAUUGUUAGCAUAAUCCCGUUUAUCCAAUAAAUCAGUUAUUAAGUUUGAAA